UUACUCAGGCUCCUGCAGGGGCAGCUAAGUAGGACCCACUGCUCAUGAAUAGACUCAUCCCAGUUGCUCUCUUUAGCUGCCAUAGUAGAUUUGUGUUUGAGCAACAGGGAGCUGAGGCUGAACAUCCUUUGUGCAUGAAAGCACUCUGCAAACAUGGCUGGUAAAAUUCAGAGUCUAACUGAGGAGGAGAGGACCCACCUUCUACCACUGCUACGAAGCGCUCAAUGGGUGGAGGUUGUGGGACGGGACGCCAUUUACAAAGAGUUUAUUUUCAAAGACUUCAAUCAGGCCUUUGGUUUCAUGUCCAGAGUGGCUUUGCAAGCAGAGAAGAUGGAUCAUCACCCCGAGUGGUUCAAUGUUUAUAAUAAGGUCCAAAUUACUCUCAGCACACAUGAUUGUGGGGGGCUAUCUCAGCGUGACAUCACUUUGGCUACCUUCAUUGACCAGGCAUCACUGAUGUGACAAUCCCAUGUUACUAACUCAAGCUACUCAAGUGCUGAAACUCAAGGCUCUUCAUUCCUCUCAAACAUCUUCAAGAGUGGGAUUUUCAGAUCUAAAGAAUAUGGAUGGAUGACUAGUGUUUCUUGGAAGGGCACUACGUCUUGUACUGCAAGGGCCACAUGUAUUGUGAAAAUGAUGAUCAGCUAAAGGUUGAUGUUACAUCCUGUUUAUUAUCCAGGCCACUGCUAUCUAAUGUGCCAACUGCUUUUCUGCAUUAUUGUUGGUAAAUGUUAUUUGUCUUGCAAACUGAUUUAGACUUUUUCCAAAAAAGUGACCAAAAAUGGAGUUUCUCAUGUGACAACACAUUUUAUUGAAACACAACAUUGUAGACAA